AUGAAAUGCCACUUCACAGACCACAGGGGAGAACAGUCAACAACCGAUGGGACCACCCUCAGCUCGACCAGCUCUGAGUCUACAGAGGAGAGUGUGAAAGUGUGCCGGCCAGGGACAACAAAGAGAGAAGAGUCAUCUGCGUGGCGGGGGCCUACCAUUCCCCUGGAGGAGGACUUCUGCGUGGCCACCAGGGCUCGGGGCAUGCUGAGCUGGACCAGCUCCCCGACCUCGCAGUCGUCCUCCGAGUACCAGUCCUACUCCCGGUACCAGUCCUGCUGCCCCUGCACGUGCGACGCCGAGGACGCCGGCCCGCAGAGCGUGUGCGCCUUCUACACCCGCGUGCAGACCGUGCGGGGCGUGGCGGUGGCCUGGGAGACCGAGGCCGGCUUCGAGCCGGUCAGCAAGAAGCCCCGCAUUCACGAAGCCCCAUUCGUCAAGAGGCAGCGGCGGACAGGCUCCUCCUUCGAGACGGCGUCCGACGCCGACCUGCGCUGGGAGCUGGAGGCCUGCGAGCACGGCCGCCGCGCGGAGCCCGACGACGCGGAGCCGCUGCAGCGCCGCCUGCACGAGCUGCGGGCGCCCCCGGACUGGCUGGUCACCACCGCCUGCGGGCUGCGCUGCGUGGCCUGCUGCAGGGUCUUCCCCACGCUGGAGGCGCUGCUGGAGCACGUCCAGCACGGCGUGCGCGAGGGCUUCAGCUGCCAGAUCUUCUUUGAGGAGAUGCUGGAGAGAAGGCGGGCCCAGCGCCAAGCGCAGGACCAGCAGCUGGAGCAGGAGGAGCAGAGCCCUUCGGACCACAGCGCGGGUUCCAGGCCCCACGACACGGGGCUCCAGCCGCCGCCACCGCCGCAGUGA